AUGGUUGUGUUAGCUACUGAGUCAGUUGGAGGUCAAGACAAAGCUUCUGAUAUCAUUUUAAAUGCCAGGAUCAUAUCAAACCAAAGUGCAUUCCAAAAUAAUCAUCAAGAAAGAAAUGACAUAAAUGCCAAGUAUGUGAUUCUGAUCUUAACAUCAUGUGUGUCCGGGCCAAUAUCCCUGAUGCAGCCCAUGACUCCGGUAAUCCACAGCCAACACUUAAUGGGUUUAGCUGGUCCCGGUGAAGAUCAUUCAUUUUUAGCAGGCUUGCUGCUCAAGUACUUCACUUCCAAAUAUAGCAAGGGCACAUGCACAACAUUCGGCACACCUUCUAAAUGUUUCCCCAAUAUCUCGGUCCAUAAUAUAAUAUAA